AUGUCCUCCGACUCAGGUUCGGCAACGACCGCAACCCCGGAUCGCAGACGCAAUGGCUAUAGGGAGUGCGACGACCCAGAAAGGGCAAACAACGCCAAUGGAUCCAAUGGCACCGAUGGCUUCCCACCAGAGGUAGUCACAUGGCGAGAUCGUAUCGCUCACUUCACCUGGCCCUGGUUUGCUUGCACAAUGUCCACGGCAGCUGUCGCAGUGGUCAUAGGCAACACACCGAACAGGUUUCAUGGCCUAGACACCAUCGGUAAAAUCUUCUUCAUCCUGGCUCUGGUUCUCUUUAUCGCUUUCAACGCUCUGAUCGCUACACGAUUCAUUCUGGUACCGGAAAAGUUCCUCGCUUCACUUCAUCACCCGGUCGAGUCACUUUUCUUCGGAAGUUAUUGGGUCACGGUUGCUCUUCUUCUCACCUGUAUGCAGCUUUACGGUGCGCCGAGCGUUGGACCCUGGCUCAUCAAGGCCCUUGAGAUUCUCUUUUGGAUGUACAGCGCUACGGUAAUCAUUGUCGGCGUUUUGCAAUACUACGUGUUGUUCCAGCUGGAGCGUCUCAAGGUCAACAAUGCUAUGCCUGCCUGGAUCUUUCCAAUUUAUCCUCUGCUUGUGGUCGGCCCCUUGGCACAAACUCUGGUUCCGUACCAACCACACUCCGCCGCUACCAAGAUCUGGUUUGGUGCAAUCAUGCUACAAGGCGCUGGAUGGUGUGUCGCUCUCAUGAUGUACGCCAUCUACACCCAGAGAUUGAUGGUGAGUGCACUGCCGGACCCCUCCACCAGACCUGGCAUGUUUGUCAGUGUAGGGCCAGCUGGUUAUACUGCACACGCCCUCAUCUCCCUCGGUCGGCAAGCUCCCAAAGUAUUUGGUGACAGUGAGCUGUUCGGCAUUACUUCGCUUCCAAUGGGAGACGUGAUCAAGGUCAUCGGCAUCCUUGCGGGGUUCUUCGUAAUCCUGUUUUCCUUCUGGUUCUUCUGCGUCUCCUUAGUUUCGGUCAUUGCUGGUGUCAAGCAGAUGUCAUUCACUCUGAAUUGGUGGGCAUUUGUAUUCCCUAACGCUGGCCUCACCCUUGCUUCAAUUCAGACUGGAGCUGCUUUGGAAAGCGCGGGCAUCAACGGUGUAUGCAGUGCCUUGACCAUCGGGCUGGUCAUCAUGUGGAUUAUCACUGCGAUUGCAAACAUCCGAGCUAUUUGGAAAGGAGAAAUCAUGUGGCCUGGGAAGGACGAGGACAAGACGGAGAAUGGUGUCAAAUGGGGAGCGCAUAUUGCAUAA